AUGGAUCUUCCAUUUCCGUCAGGAUUGUGCGGCUCACGUGCAGCAGCGGCGACGGUCAACUGGCCUUCGCCAGCUGGCAUCAGCAAGCUAACAUGGUCUAAUGCUGAUGUCCAUGGCGAUUGGAAAGCCACUUCUUAUACUUUGAUUGCCUCUUUGGUCCUUGGUUCCAAGCUGCUCAGGCGAGGACAGACCCGCGGACCUGCAAGAUCAGUGAAAGCUGCUGGUUGCGGCAAAUCCGGAACUCGGAGGGAGCACAUUUUUCUAGAUGUUGUGGCUGCAGCAGUUGCUGCUGGCCCAUCUGCUGCCGCUGCUAAAGGUGGCAAUCCUUUUCUACUCGUCCAGGAUGGGGAGGAGGCAUUCAGAAAAAACCGUGUGGAGGAAUCGAUCAACUUGUUUGACAGCGCCGCCGAGUCAGGAUAUCCGAAGGCGAGACUCUGGCAACGUGGUCUAUCCCUCUACUACGCGAAGGACUUCACAGCCGGGUCGCAGCAGUUCAGGAAGGAUGUGGAGAUGAACCCCAACGACACCGAAGAGUCGAUUUGGGCGUUCCUUUGUGACGCUCAAAUGGUUGGGUUCGAUGAGGCACGAAAGCAGAUUUUGAAAGUUGGUGUGGACCCCCGACCGGUCAUGCGUACAGCCAUGGCAUUGUUUCGGGGCGAUGAUGACACCAAGUACCUGGCCGCGCUUGAAGACUUGUCUGCCGGCAGCGGCUCUGACGUCUUUUACUCCUGCCUCUACCUAGGCUUGUACUAUGAGGCCUGCAUGUCGGUGUGUCGACAAAGUUGUGACAUGGUUCAACAUGAGCUGAUGCACUGCUGUUGCCAGGCGAAGGGCGACGUGGAGAACGCUCGACGGUACCUCUUGAAAGCCACUAGUUGCAGGUAUGGCAAAGGCAGCACUGAUUACAUGGCCGACCUUGCCCGGGUGCAUGUCGCUCGGCGAGGCUGGGGCGAAGUAGAGUUUUGA